AUGGAUGAAUAUGUAAUAGCAACUAGCACACUAGUACGGGUCUGCGCCAUGGCGGUGGGCUACCCGGUUCUGGCACAGUUUCUUCUUUUACUAAUGGUCACAGUAAAUUUCACAACAACUGAUGCUUCAAGCACGGCCACGGAUGCUUCUACCACAACUACUGACGCUUCGAAUGCAACCACAUAUGUUUCAACCUCAACCACAGACUCUUCGACCAUAACCACAGAUUCUUCAACCACGACUACAGACGCGUCAACAACAACCACAGACGCGUCAGCAACAACUACAGAUGUUUCAACCACAACAACAAAUGCGUUAAGCACAACAACUGAUACUUCAACCACGACCACGGACGCUUCUACCACAACUACACACGCGUCAACUACAACCACAGACUCUUCGACCAUAACCACAGAUGCUUCAUCAACAACAACCGAAACUUCAACUACAACCACAGGUGCUUCAACAACGACCACAGACGCGUCAACUACAACCACAGAUGCUUCAACCACGACCACAGACCCAUCAGCAACAACCACAGAUGCUUCAACAACAACAGACCCAUCAACAACAACCACAGAUGCGUCAACUACAACCACAGAUGCUUCAACCACAACCAUAGACCCGUCAACAACAACCACAGAGCCGUCAUCUACAACCACAGACGCUUCAACCACGACCACAGACGCUUCAACAACAACCACAGACCAAUCAACAACAACCACAGAUGCUUCAACAACAACCACAUACCCAUCAACAACAACCACAGACGCGUCAACUACAACCACAGAUGCUUCAACCACAACCACAGAUGCUUCAACCACAACCAUAGACCCGUCAACAACAACCACAGAGCCGUCAUCUACAACCACAGAAGCUUCAACCACGACCACAGACGCUUCAACAACAACCACAGACCCAUCAACUACAACCACAGAUGCUUCAACCACAACCACAGACGCUUCAACCACGACCACAGAAGCUUCAACAACAACCACAGACCAAUCAACAACAACCACAGAUGCUUCAACAACAACCACAGACGCUUCAACCACGACCACAGAAGCUUCAACAACAACCACAUACCCAUCAACAACAACCACAGACGCGUCAACUACAACCACAGAUGUUUCAACCACAACCACAGAUGCUUCAACCACAACCAUAGACCCGUCAACAACAACCACAGAGCCGUCAUCUACAACCACAGACGCUUCAACCACGACCACAGACGCUUCAACAACAACCACAGACCCAUCAACAACAACCACAGAUACUUCAACAACAACCACAGACGCUUCAACCACGACCACAGACGCUUCAACAACAACCACAGACCCAUCAACUACAACCACAGAGCCGUCAUCUACAACCACAGACGCUUCAACCACGACCACAGACGCUUCAACAACAACCACAGACCCAUCAACAACAACCACAGAUACUUCAACAACAACCACAGACGCUUCAACCACGACCACAGACGCUUCAACAACAACCACAGACCCAUCAACUACAACCACAGAUGCUUCAACCACAACCACAGACGCUUCAACCACGACCAUAGACCCGUCAACAACAACCACAGAGCCGUCAUCUACAACCACAGACGCUUCAACCACGACCACAGACGCUUCAACAACAACCACAGACCCGUCAACUACAACCACAGAUGCUUCAACCACAACCAUAGACGCUUCAACCACGACCACAGACGCUUCAACAACAACCACAGACCCAUCAACUACAACCACAGAUGCUUCAACAACAACCACAGACGCUUCAACCACGACCACCGACGCUUCAACAACAACCACAGACACGUCAACUACGACCACAGAGUCAUCAACCUCGACCACAGAGCCAUCAACCACUACUACAGAAGCGUCAACUACAACCACAGACGCUUCAACCACGACCACAGAGUCAUCAACAACAACCACAGACGCGUCAACUACGACCACAGAGUCAUCAACCACGACCACAGAGCCAUCAACAACAACCACAGACGCUUCAACAACAACCACAGAUGCUUCAACUACAACAACAGAUGCUUCAACCACGACCAUAGACGCGUCAACUACAACCACAGAUGCUUCAACCACAACUACAGAAGCGUCAACCACUACCACAGAGCCUUCAACCACGACCACCGACGUUUCAACAACAACCACAGAGCCGUCAACAACAACCACAGACGCUUCAACCACUACUACAGAAGCAUCAACAACAACCACAGACACGUCAACUACGACCACAGAGUCAUCAACCACUACCACAGAGCCUUCAACCACUACUACAGAAGCGUCAACAACUACCACAGAGCCUUCAACCACUACCACAGAGUCAUCAACAACAACCACAGACGCGUCAACUACGACCACAGAGUCAUCAACCACGACCACAGAGCCAUCAACAACAACCACAGACGCGUCAACUACAACCACAGAUGCUUCAACCACAACUACAGAAGCGUCAACCACUACCACAGAGCCUUCAACCACGACCACCGACGUUUCAACAACAACCACAGAGCCGUCAACAACAACCACAGACGCUUCAACCACUACUACAGAAGCAUCAACAACAACCACAGACGCGUCAACUACGACCACAGAAUCAUCAACAACAACCACAGAGCCGUCAACAACAACCACAGACGCUUCAACCACUACUACAGAAGCAUCAACAACAACCACAGACGCGUCAACUACGACCACAGAAUCAUCAACAACAACCACAGAGCCGUCAACAACAACCACAGACGCUUCAACCACUACCACAGAGUCAUCAACAACAACCACAGACGCGUCAACUACGACCACAGAAUCAUCAACCACGACCACAGAGCCAUCAACAACAACCACAGACGCUUCAACAACAACCACAGAUGCUUCAACUACAACAACAGAUGCUUCAACCACGACCGUAGACACGUCAACUACAACCACAGAUGCUUCAACCACAACUACAGAAGCGUCAACCACUACCACAGAGCCUUCAACCACGACCACCGACGUUUCAACAACAACCACAGAGCCAUCAACAACAACCACAGAGCCUUCAACCACUACCACAGAGCUUUCAACCACUACCACAGAAGCGUCAACCACUACUACAGAGUCUUCAACCACUACCACAGAGCCUUCAACCACUACCACAGAGCCUUCAACCACUACUACAGAGCCUUCAACCACUACCACAGCAGCGUCAACCACUACCACAGAGCCUUCAACCACUACUACAGAGCCUUCAACCACUACCACAGCAGCGUCAACCACUACCACGGAGCCUUCAACCACUACCACAGAAGCGUCAACCACUACCACAGAAGCGUCAACCACUAAUACAGAGCCUUCAACCACUACCACGGAGCCUUCAACCACUACCACAGAAGCGUCAACCACUACCACAGAGCCUUCAACCACUACCACAGAGCCUUCAACCACUACCACAGCAGCGUCAACCACUACCACAGAGCCUUCAACCACUACUACAGAAGCGUCAACAACUACCACAGGGCCUUCAACCACUACCACAGAUGCUUCAACUACAACCACAGAUGCUUCAACGACAACUACAGAAGCGUCAACUACUACCACAGAGCCUUCAACUACUACCACAGAGCCUUCAACCACUACCACAGAGCCUUCAACCACUACUACAGAAGCGUCAACAACUACCACGGAGCCUUCAACCACUACCACAGAUGCUUCAUCUACAACCACAGACGCUUCAACCACGACCAUAGCGUCAUCAACAACAACCACAGAGCCUCCAACUACUACCACAGAGCCUUCAACCACUACUACAGAAGCGUCAACUACUACCACAGAGCCUUCAACCACUACUACAGAGCCUUCAACCACUAUCACAGCGCCUUCAACCACUACUAUAGCGCCUUCAACCACUACCACAGAGCCUUCAACCACUACUACAGAGCCUUCAACCACUACUACAGAAGCAUCAACCACUACCACAGAGCCUUCAACCACUACCACAGAGCCUCCAACUACUACCACAGAGCCUUCAACCACUACUACAGAAGCGUCAACCACUACCACGGAGCCUUCAACCACUACAACAGAGUCUUCAACCACUACUACAGAGCCUUCAACCACUACCACAGAGCCUUCAACCACUACUACAGAGUCUUCAACCACUACCACAGAGCCUUCAACCACUACUACAGAGUCUUCAACCACUACUACAGAGCCUCCAACUACUACCACAGAGCCUCCAACUACUACCACAGAGCCUUCAACCACUACUACAGAAGCGUCAACCACUACCACAGAGCCUUCAACCACUACUACAGAGUCUUCAACCACUACCACAGAGCCUUCAACCACUACCACAGAGCCUUCAACCACUACCACAGAGCCUUCAACCACUACACCAGAGCCUUCAACCACUACCACAGAGCCUUCAACCACUACCACAGAGCCUUCAACCACUACCACAGAACCUUUAACCACUACCACAGAGCCUUCAACCACUACUACAGAGCCUUCAACCACUACUACAGAAGCGUCAACCACUACAACAGAGUCUUCAACCACUACUACAGAGCCUUCAACCACUACUACAGAGCCUUCAACCACUACUACAGAGUCUUCAACCACUACCACAGAGCCUUCAACCACUACUACAGAGCCUUCAACCACUACUAUAGCGCCUUCAACCACUACCACAGAGCCUUCAACCACUACUACAGAAGCGUCAACCACUACCACAGAGCCUUCAACCACUACUACAGAGUCUUCAACCACUACUACAGAAGCGUCAACCACUACCACAGCGCCUUCAACCACUACUACAGAAGCCACUACAACAACUACAGAAGCCACUACAACAACUGCUGAACCAACCACAACUACUGUAGCCACUACAACAACUGCUGAACCAACCACUACUACUGUACCCACUACAACAACUGCUGAACCAACCACUACUACUGUACCCACUACAACAACUGCUGAACCAACCACUACUACUGUACCCACUACAACAACUGCUGAACCAACCACUACUACUGUACCCACUACAACAACUGCUGAACCAACCACAACUACUGUAGCCACUACAACAACUGCUGAACCAACCACUACUACUGUACCCACUACAACAACUGCUGAACCAACAACAACUACUGUAGCCACUACAACAACUGCUGAUCCAACAACAACUACUGAAGCCACUACAACAACUGCUGCUGUAGCCACUACAACAACUGCUGAACCAACCACUACUACUGUAGCCACUACAACAACUGCUGAACCAACCACUACUACUGUACCCACUACAACAACUGCUGAACCAACCACUACUACUGUACCCACUACAACAACUGCUGCUACAACAACUGCUGAACCAACCACAACUACAGUACCCACUACAACAACUGCUGAACCAACCACUACUACUGUACCCACUACAACAACUGCUGAACCAACCACUACUACUGUACCCACUACAACAACUGCUGAACUAACCACUACUACUGUACCCACUACAACAACUGCUGAACCAACCACUACUACUGUACCGACUACAACAACUGCUGAAACAACCACAACUACUGUAGUCACUACAACAACUGCUGAACCAACCACUACUACUGUAGCCACUACAACAACUGCUGAACCAACCACAACUACUGUAGCCACUACAACAACUGCUGAACCAACCACAACUACUGUACCCACUACAACAACUGCUGAACCAACAACAACUACAGAAGCCACUACAACAACUGCUGAACCAACCACAACUACUGUAGCCACUACAACAACUGCUGAACCAACAACUACUACUGUACCCACUACAACAACUGCUGAAUCAACCAUUACUACUGUACCCACUACAACAACUGCUGAAUCAACCACUACUACUGUACCCACUACAACAACUGCUGAACCAACCAUUACUACUGUAGUCACUACAACAACUGCUGAACCAACCACUACUACUGUACCCACUACAACAACUACUGAACUAACAACAACUACUGUAGCCACUACAACAACUGCUGAACCAACCACUACUACUGUAGCCACCUCAACAACUGCUGAACCAACCACUACUACUGUACCCACUACAACAACUGCUGAACCAACCACUACUACUGUACCCACUACAACAACUGCUGAACCAACCACUGCUACUGUACCCACUACAACAACUGCUGAACCAACCACAACUACUGUAGCCACUACAACAACUGCUGAACCAACAACUACUGUAGCAACUACAACAACUACAGUUCCAACAACAACUACAGAAGCCACUACAACAACUGCUGAACCAACCACAACUACUGUAGCCACUACAACAACUGCUGAACCAACCACUACUACUGUACCCACUACAACAACUGCUGAACCAACCACUACUUCAGAAGCGACAUCUACAACAGUACCGACAACAACAACUGAAUCAGCCACUACAACAACUGCUGAACCAACCACAACUACUGUAGCCACUACAACAACUGCUGAACCAACAACAACUACUGUACCCACUACAACAACUGCUGAAACAACCACAACUACAACAACUGCUGAACCAACCACAACUACUGUACCCACUACAACAACUGCUGAACCAACCACAACUACUGUACCCACUACAACAACUGCUGAACCAACAACAACUACUGUAGCCACUACAACAACUGCUGAACCAACCACUACUACUGUACCGACUACAACAACUGCUGAACCAACCACAACUACUGUAGCCACUACAACAACUGCUGAACCAACCACUACUACUGUAGCCACUACAACAACUGCUGGACCAACUACAACUACUGUACCCACUACAACAACUGCUGAACCAACCACUACUACUACUACAACAACUGCUGAACCAACCACUACUACUGUACACACUAAAACAACUACAGAACCAACAACAACUACUGUAGCCACUACAACAACUGCUGAUCCAACAACUACUGUAGCCACAACAACAACUACAGUUCCAACAACAAGUACAGAAGCCACUACAACAACUGCUGAAUCAACCACAACUACUGUAGCCACUACAACAACUGCUGAACCAACCACUACUGCUGUACCCACUACAACAACUGCUGAUCCAACAACUACUGUAGCCACAACAACUACAGUUCCAACAACAAGUACAGAAGCCACUACAACAACUGCUGAAUCAACCACAACUACUGUAGCCACUACAACAACUGCUGAACCAACCACUACUGCUGUACCCACUACAACAACUGCUAAGCCAACAACUACUUCAGAAGCGACAACAACAGCUGAACCAACCACAACUACUGUACCCACUACAACAACUGCUGAACCAACCACUACUACAGAAGCCACUACAACAACUGCUGAACCAACCACUACUACUGAAGCCACUACAACAACUGCUGAACCAACAACAACUACUCUAGCCACUACAACUACUGCUGAACCAACAACUACUACAGUAGUGACAACAACUACAACUGAAUCAGCUACAACAACCUCAGAUGUUACUACAACUGCUGAAGCUACUACAACCUCUAAUGUUACUACAACUGCCGCAGCUACUACAACUUCAGAUGUUACUACAACUGACGCAGCUACUACAACCUCAGAUGUUACUACAACUGCUGCAGUUACUACAACCUCAGAUGUUACUACAACUGCCGCAGCUACUACAACAUCAGAUGUUACUACAACUGCUGCAGUUACUACAACCUCAGAUGUUACUACAACUGCCGCAGCUACUACAACAUCAGAUGUUACUACAACUGCUGCAGUUACUACAACCUCAGAUGUUACUACAACUGCCGCAGCUACUACAACAUCAGAUGUUACUACAUCGGCCGCAGCUACUACAACUUCAGAUGUUACUACAACUGACGCAGCUACUACAACCUCAGAUGUUACUACAACUGCUGCAGUUACUACAACCUCAGAUGUUACUACAACUGCCGCGGCUACUACAACAUCAGAUGUUACUACAUCGGCCGCACCUACUACAACCUCAAACGUGACUACAACUGACACAGCUACUACAACAUCAGAUGUUACUACAACUACAGCAGCUACUACAUCUGAUUUUACUACAACUGCCGCAGCUACUACAACCCCAAAUGUUACUACAACUGACGCAGCUACUACAACAUCAGAUGUCACUACAACUGACGCAGCUACUACAACCUCAGAUGUUACUACAACUGCUGCAGUUACUACAACCUCAGAUGUUACUACAACUGCCGCGGCUACUACAACAUCAGAUGUUACUACAUCGGCCGCACCUACUACAACCUCAAACGUGACUACAACUGACACAGCUACUACAACAUCAGAUGUUACUACAACUACAGCAGCUACUACAUCUGAUUUUACUACAACUGCCGCAGCUACUACAACCCCAAAUGUUACUACAACUGACGCAGCUACUACAACAUCAGAUGUCACUACAACUGACGCAGCUACUACAACAUCAGAUGUCACUACAUCGGCCGCACCUACUACAACCUCAAAUGUGACUACAACUGACGCAGCUACUACAACAUCAGAUGUUACUACAACUACAGCAACUACUACAUCUGAUUUUACUACAACUGCCGCAGCUACUACAACCUCUAAUGUUACUACAACUGACGCAGCUACUACAACAUUAGAUGUCACUACAACUGACGCAGCUACUACAACAUCAGAUGUCACUACAACUGACGCAGCUACUACAACAUCUGCUACUACAACAUCAGAUGUUACUACAACUACAGCAGCUACUACAUCUGAUUUUACUACAACUGCCGCAGCUACUACAACAUCAAAUGUCACUACAACUGACGCAGCUACUACAACAUCAGAUGUUACUACAACUGACGCAGCUACUACAACAUCUGCAACAACCGUGACUUCAACUACCACAACGAUGCCGACUACAACAACAACGGCGCCGACUACAACUACAACGACGCCGACUACAACAACAACGGCGCCGACUACAACAACAACGGCGCCGACUACAACAACAACGGCGCCGACUACAACUACAACGACGCCGACUACAACUACAACGGCGCCGACUACAACAACAACGACGCCGACUACAACAACAACGACGCCGACUACAACAACAACGACGCCGACUACAACUACAACGACUCCGACUACAACUACAACGACGCCGACUACAACAACAACGACGCCGACUACAACUACAACGACUCCGACUACAACUACAACGACGCCGACUACCACAACAACGACGCCGACUACAACAACUACGCAGCCUCUUAGCCCUCAAUUAGACCUGAUCAGUUCGACUUCUGCCCUCUCUAUCCAAUCGACUGGAAAUUCUGGACCAAUAUUUUCACAAUUUUCCAUGCCUGUUACGAAUGGUAUGAGCUACAACAUGAUGUAUGUUAACAAGAACGGAUUCAUAUCAUUAGGUCAAAGGAUGUCUGUUUAUGGUCAAGCUUUAUCGGACAUUCUUAGUUUCUCUUCUGGUUAUAAUGUGGUGUGUGGUCUCGGACUUGAAUUUAAUUACCGGAAUGUAUUUUAUCAAGUAUUUGAUAUUACGGAAGAUGCUUUUACCGGGUCUGGAUCUGUGCUCAAUAAUUUGAAGCUCACAAUGGACGAGAUUAGUCUCGAAGCAAAACUGUCGAGAUUUACUCCUUAUUGGGCUUUGGUCGCUACGUAUCUAAACGCAACACUCGAAAACGGCGAUGCCACGCAGACGGCCACAUUUCAAAUAACACUUAUGACCGACGGUCAUACUUCAUAUAGCAUGGUGAAUUACAAUAACAUUGCUAUUACGCCGGGGAUAGAGACAGACAAUGCUGCAGUUGGAGUAAAGAUCGGCAGUAUGCGCAACCAACUAUUUUCGUCUAACACACCACAGGCUUUAGAACUGCAUUUGGUUCGAAACGGAGAUUCAGCAUAUCGUGGAAUAUACGCCAACAGAAUCAGUGAUAGUGCACUUGUCUCCCCUAUUUCUUAUACAACAAUUUGCGAAUGUUGCUACCAGAACGGAUUUAUACUCUCCGGGUAUAGGGCAGGAAUCCUAAUACCAUAUUACUUUACCUGGAUGAGGAACCUUCAACUCAUAUUUUCACAUAUCUACAGGGAUAUUUGUUGUUUAUUCUCUAAUAUGUGCAACUAUUACAGCACGGUACGACCCAGUCCUGUUUGGUGCAAUCCAACAAUUAUUAUAUUACGAGCCAGUUUGAUUGGUGAUCCUCACAUCAAGACGAUUGAUGGAAAAGAUUAUACAUUCAAUGGAUACGGUGAAUACUUAAUGCUGCGCGUCGACAACAACAAUCAAACAAUGUUAAAGUCGUUUGAGCUUCAAGCUCGAACAGGCCUUGCAUUAGAUAAAAAUAAUGACACAAUCAAUGCCACUAUCUUUACUGCGUUUGUCGCCAAGGACCAUACAGACGCUAAAGUGCAAGUGGAACUCGAUGUUGACAGUACAAAUUCAAGACUGCUUAUUUACAAGAAUGGCAUGGAACUAACAGAAUUGUUUGAAGCAAAUCCGGAGUAUGACUCUUCUGAGACUGAUCCAAACUGCACUUUGGUCCUUACCCGAGAAAAUAAUACAGUUCAUAUUUCAACAUCUACUAACAUCCGUGUAUCAAUCACUCCAAGCUUAGGACUUUUGACAGUAGGAUUUGACAUGCCUAAAGAUUUCGAGAACAAGGGUGCGGUUGGUCUUUUAGGAAAUUUCAACAAUGAUCCCAAUGACGACUUUGUACUACCGAAUGGCACCAGCCUUGAUCCCUCUAGAAAUUACACCGAAAAGGAAAUCUUCUAUGAGUUCGGACAGAAAUGGCGCCUCAAUGGUUCAGAAUCGCUUUUCACAUAUGCACCAGGGGAAUCACCAAACACCUAUUAUUUUCCCGAUUUCGUUCCCAUCUUCGUUGACAGCUACAAUGCUUCAGUUCUUGAAAAUGCCAAAGCUGAAUGCGGUGGGGAAAAUGCUGCAAAAUCAUGUAUAUUUGAUUUCCUAAGUACGGGAAAUAAGGAGUUGGCUCAACAAACCGCAGCGGAUGAUUUGCAAUCUAAUAUAGACAGAUCGCAAUUAGAAAAUAGUCCCCCAAGCUUGACCGGAAACGAAAGCUUUACUUUCACCGUUGGCAAAACUGAUUCACUCACCUUCACUGCCAACGACACAGGACCAGUCAAUAUAUCCGCUGCGCAAUUUCCAGCUUCUGGAUUUUCUUCGAACGUUUCCGGGAACUCGUUGACAUUGACUUGGACCCCAGAGGACUCAUCUGUUCAGAAUAUACGAGUAACCGCAGUGGACGAACUGAACUCUGACGCACCACCGAUUGACCUCAACAUCAGGCUAUGCACUCUAUGUUCAGAUCAUGGGACAUGUGGAGACAAUGUUCGACCAGUCGCUCAGAAUGCUGAAGUUGGAAAUUUUAAUCUUUUGGAAUGCAUUUGCAACACCGGAUGGUCAGGUGAUGAUUGUGAAAUAGACACUAACUCUUGCCUUGAAUCACCAUGCGCUGUGGGCCAGAACUGUACCGAUCUCACCCCAGCACAGGAAGUGGCUCUCAACAGGAGCUACAACUGUACAGAGUGCCCUCAAGGGUACCAGGAGAACAAUUCUCGAUGUAGAGAUAUUGAUGAAUGCGCGAUGGAUGCAGCUAAUAAUUGCAAUCAGAAUUGUACAAAUACACUUGGGAGCUACAGCUGUUUCUGUAGAGACGGUUUCCGACUUGAGGACUCGACCACAUGUAUAGACAUCGAUGAGUGUUUGGAGGAAUCGGAUGGGUGCCAACAAACCUGUGAUAACAAAGAUGGCGGGUUUGUCUGCGGCUGUGUACCUGGCUAUGAGCUUGCAUCUGACGGGAAAACCUGUACUCAAGUAUAUAACUUAUGUCAGCUUGCUAAUAAGAAUUGUUCUUACGCGUGCUCCAACAGUUCGGGGGCGGGGACUGUUGAAUGUAUAUGUGAAGGUGGAUAUGAACUUGAUACGGACCAAGUAUCUUGUAAAGACAUUGAUGAAUGCGCAGGAAAUAUCUGUAACCAAAAUUGUUCCAAUACCAAUGGCAGCUAUGAGUGUUUAUGCUUUGAUGGUUUCAAACUAUCCACCGACAAAGUCAGCUGUAACCCUUGUCCUUCGCUUACCUGGGGUCCCGGAUGUAGUAACCAAUGCAAUUGUGACAAUGAUGGUGCUGUCGGUUGUAAUCCAACUUUAGGCUGUGAAUGUCUAAAUGGAUAUGAGGGUGAAACGUGCGCUUCAGAUGUCAACGAGUGUGUGGUAACUCCAGACAUUUGUGGAUCUGGGAAAUUGUGUAGGAACAUCAGAGGUUCCUAUGAGUGUUACUGCCGGGAUGGCUUCCAGCUUGUUAACAAUACCUGUGUCGAUAUCAAGGAAUGUGAUUCAGAGCAGCUGAAUAAUUGUUCCAGUACGACGUCAACAUGUUUGGAGGGCGAUGGUGGUUUUACAUGUAAUUGUAAACCAGGAUACCAACAGGAAACGCCCUACACCUGCAUUGAUAUUGACGAGUGUGCAGUUAAUAGCGACACCUGCUCCCAAAACUGUAAAAAUCAGGAAGGCAGUUACUAUUGCCAGUGUUUUGAAGGCUUUACGUUACAAGAUGACCGACGCACAUGCGUAAAAGUAAGAGACCCAUGUAUAUCCAUCGCCACUGCCAAUUGUUCUUAUGGCUGUCUCGUGGUAAAUGAACAAGCUGUGUGUUAUUGUGACAGUGGAAGUGAACUGGCUGCGGAUUUGAAAACGUGUAACGACAUCAACGAGUGUGACAAUGCCACGUUAAAUCAAUGUUCUGAUCCGAGCUCUUGUCAAAACACUGCUCCAGGCUAUACAUGUUCCUGUCAAGAUGGUUUUAAGCUGUCAAACGAUCUACGAACAUGCCAAGCAUGCGACGAAUUUCAUUGGGGACCUGGUUGUAUCAAUGACUGUAACUGUGGCCUUGGGGUGGAUACAUGUUCCAGCAAGAGUGGAUGCGUGUGUAAAACAGGAUGGGUCGGUGAUACAUGUGAAGGCGAUAUCAAUGAAUGCGAUACAGGAACACCAUGCAGUGGUGCAAAUGAAGAAUGCGUCAACUCACCGGGUUCAUAUCGCUGUCAGUGCAAGAGUGGCUUCACCAACAGUUCGGGAUCUUGUGAAGAUAUCAAUGAAUGCAUAGCAGGGACUGCUGGUUGUUCCCAAUUAUGUAACAAUACUGUCGGAAGCUACGUAUGCAGUUGUGGCAAUGGCUUCUCCCUCCAAAAUGACGGUAAAGGAUGCGAAGACAUCGAUGAAUGCACCACCGGAAAGUCACAAUGUGGCCAGAAAUGUCUUAAUAACAUAGGAAGCUACAGAUGUUCUUGUACACCUGGCUACAUCCUCGACCCUGAGUUUAGAAAACUCUGCACUCCAAGAGAAAACUGUACCGCCAAUGCGACGUGUACUCAGAUCUGUGCCGUGGUCAACGGAACAGACGUCUGCUCAUGUGAAAAUGGCUACGAACUUAAAGACAACUUCAACUGCACUAAUAUCGAUGAAUGCAGUGUUUCAAAACCUUGCCAGCAAAACUGUAAUGACACGACCCCUGGUUACACCUGUUCAUGUAACGAUGGAUACAAACUGGACGUUGACGAAGUAUCCUGCACUGAAUGUACCGAAGGAACAUAUGGAAAAGAAUGUGCAACUCGGUGCUCAUGUAUUACUACUAAUGACAACACAAACAGUUGUAACAAGGUCAAUGGUACAUGUACGUGCAACAGUGGCUGGAAAGGAUCCAACUGUGAAACAAACAUCAACGAAUGUGACAACCCAUCAAUUUGCCCUGCUUUCUCGGAUUGUCAAGACACAAAUGGAAGCUAUAUAUGUAACUGCCAUCCUGGCUACGUGUUGGACGCAUCAGGCACUUGUGUUGUUUGUGACAAGCGGUCAUUUGGAAUACAAUGCCAAAGUCCAUGUACCUGUGUGUUUGACAAUACCAUAUCCUGUAACCACACCAAUGGUAAUUGUACUUGUUCUCCUGGCUGGAGAGGUGACAACUGUGAUCUUGACAUCAACGAAUGUAACGUAGACCCUAAUGUAUGUGGUGCAAAUGCAAACUGCACAGAUACACCUGGGUCAUACUCGUGUACAUGUAACAACGGUUAUGCUAAGGAUGAGAGCGGCAUAUGUCAGAACAUAGACGAAUGUACCAGAGGUGACGAUAACUGUAUAGCAGAAGCAGACUGUAUCGACACUCCCGGAAGUUUCAAUUGUACAUGUAAAAUAGGUUACUCUGGAGAUGGGUCAGUUUGCAACGCUUGCACUGGAUUUACGUAUGGCACCCAGUGUGGAAGCCCGUGUGGCUGUAACCAAACAAACUCGCUGAACUGUAACACACGAACUGGAACAUGUAACUGCAAAACUGGAUGGACAGGAGACAGCUGCACAGUUGACAUUAAUGAGUGUAAUAGUACAGUAACCCCUGCUAACUGUGCUGCGGAAGCUGACUGCCAGAACAUUGACGGAUCUUUCACUUGUGAAUGUAGAGUUGGCUACAGUGGCGAUGGGAUAACAUGCACAGCAUGUCCUGCUUUCCUAUACGGCACAAAUUGUUCAUCUGAUUGUGCAUGUGACCAGACCAACACAGCCUCUUGUGAUCCUGUGACGGGUACAUGCACGUGUAACGCUGGAUGGACCGGCGCCUCAUGUUCCUCUGAUAUAAAUGAGUGUACAAGUAAUUCAGUACAACACAAUUGUUCGUCAGUUACAUCGACUUGUAAAAAUACUGACGGGGGUUUUGUCUGUAUCUGUAACGAUGGUCACUAUACUACUGACGGAUAUGAGUGUCAAGCAUGUCCUGCUUUCCAAUACGGCACGAACUGUUCAUCUGAUUGUGCAUGUGACCAGACCAACACAGCCUCUUGUGAUCCUGUGACGGGUACAUGCACGUGUAACCCUGGAUGGACCGGCGCCACAUGCUCCUCUGAUAUAAAUGAGUGUACAAGUAAUUCAGUACAACACAAUUGUUCGUCAGUUACAUCGACCUGUCAAAAUACUGACGGGGGUUUUGUCUGUAUCUGUAACGAUGGUCACUAUACUACUGACGGAUAUGAGUGUCAAGCAUGUCCUGCUUUCCAAUACGGCACGAACUGUUCAUCCUAUUGUACAUGUGACCAGACCAACACAGCCUCUUGUGAUCCUGUGACGGGUACAUGUACAUGUAACGCUGGAUGGACCGGCGCCACAUGCUCCUCUGAUAUAAAUGAGUGUACAAGUAAUUCAGUACAACACAAUUGUUCGUCAGUUACAUCGACCUGUCAAAAUACUGACGGGGGUUUUGUCUGUAUCUGUAACGAUGGUCACUAUACCACUGAUGGAUAUAUAUGCCAAGCAUGUCCUGCUUUCCAAUACGGCACGAACUGUUCAUCCAAUUGUGAAUGUGAUCAGACUAACACAGCCACCUGUGAUCCUGUGACGGGUACAUGCACAUGUAACCCUGGAUGGACCGGCGCCACAUGCUCCUCUGAUAUAAAUGAGUGUACAAGUAAUUCAGUACAACACAAUUGUUCGUCAGUUACAUCAACCUGUCAAAAUACUGACGGGGGUUUUGUCUGUGUCUGUAGGGAAGGCUUCUUUGCCACUGACAGAUAUGUUUGUCAAGAAUGUCCUGCAUUCGAAUAUGGCACGAACUGUUCUUCGGCCUGUACGUGCGUUACUGCGAAUACUGAGAGCUGUGACAGAGUCACCGGUACUUGUGCAUGUAAAACCGGAUGGAAUGAUACAAAUUGCGAUAACAAUAUAAAUGAGUGUCUAGAUCUCUCGCUCAACAACUGUACCUCAUUGCAGAGGUGUGUCGACACCAACGGUUCAUUUGAAUGCCUAUGCUUACACGGAACAUUGAGCUCAGGAACAUGUCUGGAACCAACAACAACAUUAGCUCCAAGUUCUACACAAUUCCUGAUCUACUUAGUAUUUACUCUGGAAGUGAACAUAUCCAGCGACGUGGACUUAACAAAUCCAGGAGAUCAGGGCUAUAUCAAUUUUGUCAGCAAUGUUACAGUUGCUUUGCAAGACUUAUAUGGAAACCUAACGGGAUUCAUUGCAGUCGUAGUUACGUCAGUUGCACGCGGCAGUGCGGUCGUGGGACAUACGGUAGCUACCGAUAACAGUGGCGCGGCAAGAGCAGCUGUGGCAAAUACAGCAGCAAACGUUGCCAAUGGCAACACUAAUGUCAAUUUGUUUGGACAGCCAGUCCCUGCCAACCGGGUCACCAUAGCACCAGGGGGAGGCACACCGACAGUUUUAGGUCCGAAUACAGAUAGGUGUGCAAUCGUAAGGAAUAUCGGCAAUUGUCCAGAGCAAUCAUAUCAGUGUAUCCUAAUAGAUGGAAAUGCCCAAUGUGUGCCAACAGAUAAUACAGGAGGCUUCAAUUUGAUUGUGGGUCUUGGUGUUGGAAUACCGCUGUGUUUCCUUGCUAUUGUGGUGAUUGUGAUCAUGUGUAUCUACUGUAGGAGGCAAAAGGAGAAACAAGAGCUUGAACUUGACAGAACACGAGAAGAAGCAGGUUUUAUGGGAAGUGGCGUGAUUCCUAAGUUCGGAAGCUGGGGCCGUCCAGCCUAUUACUCACCAGCGGGAUGGGGCGACGGAGAAUCUGUGGAAUCAUCGGACACCGAUGAUAGCAGAAGGAGACGUCGACGUGGUGAACAGUUCGAUACAAAUGGCAAAGACUAUUACAUGUACGAUAAUGGCGCUAUGUCAAACUUCUCGUGGGAUUUCAUGUACAAUUACGUCGACCCUAAAGAACAGUACAAGAUCAAAAGGCCAACCACAACGCCAAGGGCUAAUCCAGUCUUUGAUAACAAAUAAUGGGAAGAAAAGAGACACCGACGACAUCACUAAUCCAACAGGUGGCGUAGAAUAUUGUUUACGGCAAAAAAUCAAACUUCUACCCUUCCUCCGGAUUAUUUGAUCAGUGAGACAUCGAGACGUUUCU